AUGAAUUUCACAAGAGCACUUUUCGAAACCUACUCUAUUGAACACGGUGGAGUCAAUUACAAUCACAAAAGGAGCAGUAGAGCACUUUUUGUCCCUACAAGUGAUCCAUACCUGGGGCAGCAAUCGGGGCAGUCCCGACGGCGCACUACUGCGAUAAGCGAUCGUACAGAGUCUCCGCACCCGCUUUGUGCCUCUCAAGCUUACACAGGUGUUUCCCCCCUCUCGGGGGGUCCCAACAAGACGGGCCUGCUGCGCCGGCCCCGGCCGGGCGGGAGGCAUCGGGUGAUCGCCCUGGGGUUUGCAUGGCCUGCUAGCGAGGGGAUGGAGGGCCACCCCCCGGCCCCCAGGACGAACCUCGGGGAACUGAAGAAGAAGCUGCUGAGCGUGUUGGGCGCGCAGGUCGAGGGGCAGUACUGGGCGCUCCUGCGGGGGUACUUUGCGCUGAAGCUCACGCGGAGCGAGCUCGAUGUGCUGGUGCCCAAGACGAUCGGGCGCGACAACCUGUGGCUGCACAACCGGUUCAUCCGCGCGAUCUACAACAAUGCGGUGUGCCGGGAGGCGCCGCCCGAGGAGCGCAAGGGCAAGCGCGGGAAGAAGCCGCCGCCGGUGGCGCUGCCGCCGCUGUCGCGGGAGGAGUCCGAGGACGAGGUUAAGGAGGUCAAGGCAAACGGGGUUUUGGGGCAUGACCGGGGCAGGGCGGCGAGGGUCGGGAAACGGAGCAAAGACAGCAAACGGAAGCGGGUGGAAGCGCCCGUAUGGGAAGACAAGGCGUCGGUGGUGGAGAGUCGGUUGCACCCGGAGCCGGGCAGGGCGGCGCCGUCCGGGGAGUUUGGGGGAUCCCCCCCGACGCCGAUCCUCAAGAAGCGGAGGAAAGACCGGGAGCGGAGACGAGAAACGAAGAGCCCGCUCGGGGACAUGGAACUGCCGACGCCCAAGGUCCCGUUGCAGCAGCCGUUGGCGGAGGAUCGAGAGGCGGAAGCAGCUGAGACGCGGGAAGAGGCGGUUGAUGACGUCAGCGACGAGGAGGAUGUCGUCAUGCUGAGUCGGGAGCCGGUGCGGCCGCCGCUCGGGAUCCCGUUCCGGGCGCCGAGCGUCGGGCGGAGUUUGCUGCUGAGGCUGCCGCAGAAGGGAGCCCCCCGAAACGCGUACAGCGCUUUGGGGGAGUCAUACGAGCACUGUUUGGACGGGGGGGAGCUGCCAACACGGCCUGCGCUGCAGAGACGGAUGGGUGCGAUCGCGGCGGCCGGCGGGGGGCUGCAGGGUGUCGCGAGAGAGAGCGUCGAGUUGAUGGAGCAUGCGCUAGACCAGUACCUGAAGUCGAUCCUCGGGACCUGCGUACAGCUGGCGCGGGCUCGGAGGAAACGGGACAAGGACAAGCGGGUAAAAAGCUUGCAGAGUUCAGGCCCUGUUUCUGGCGGUGUUGUGGGGGCGUUGCCAGGCGCGGGUCCUGCGUCGAGCGAGGCGACAGGGCCCUGUACAGGUGAUCCGGUGAUGGAAGAGGACGAGCUGGUCUCGGUCAGAGACCUGAUGACCGCGGUAGAGAUUAACCCACAAUUGCUCGGUGACGAGCUAGCGAUCAAUCUUGAACGGAUAGCCAUGCUACUGUAAAAUAGAGAUAUAUCGAGAGGCUACCAUCCGUGGUCUCAUGCAAGGUCAGGUAGAGUCUGCAAGAACGCAGUGCAUGGACGGAGGUUCUCUGAUCAAGUCGGCCUCAAGGCCGUACACUCCUGCAUCCUCGCCAUGCCCACAAUGUUCCUCUUAUUGCAAUGU